CUCAAUAAGUUUAAUAAAACGCGGGAAGACAGGAUUCCUGUUGAUGGCGAUGACGGGCACUUGUGGCCACACUUCAGGCACGGCCACCGUCGCUGGGAGCUGACUGCUGAACAACGGCGUCUCAUCUUUUGGCUCAGGAUCCUCCUCGGGGGGGUCAUUCUUAUUGGUCGAAAAGUACCUCCCAAAUCCCACUUGUUUACUUGGGCUCAAAUAAGUACUGUUAUAACUACAUAUCCGCGCACCCCUAGCACCAGCCACCCCAGAAUAACACAACCUUUGCACCGGUUUACUGUGUGAUGCAACUUUUGUAACACUACGAACCACAGACGACUUCAACUUCGGGUUUAGAAAACUGUUCCGCAACAAACUACUGGCAGUAUGCAUUUUUAUAUUCCUAUUAUAGAUCUAAUCGUUUAAUAUACCGUAUUCCAUUUAAAUUUUAUUUAAUUCGGCAAAGGAGUAGGUUAUUUUUCCAGAUUCUUCAAGAAUCGAGAUUAAGAUUGAACUGUCAGAAAUCUGCUAGCAUUUUUGACAUUGACAUUAUUAAACAAAUGUCUAUGUUUUUUAUUCCAUAGAGCAGGCUGCGUAGAGCUCUCUGUGGUUGUGACGCUCGGAACGUUUUUCCCUCUUAAUUUAAUGGAAAAAAUAUCAACCUAAUGGCUAUUAAGUGUAUUUUUAGUAAUUCGUUAUUUAAAAUUCUUCUCAUUCAAGUUUGCAUUUGAAAUGGAGCUGUUUUGACAAUCUGUAACUAUGACAGUUGAUAAGUUGACAGUUGACAGCUUGACAGUAUCCCCAGGAGCAACAUGCUGUGAUGUUGCAAUUGCUGCUAUUUUGCAAAAAUUGAGCUGUUGAACUCAAUUUAUUUAGACUCGCUUUUAUGAAUGUAGCAAGAUAUUGUAGAGUAGCAACGACUCUUAUACAGAGAAUUAUGAAAAUGGAUGCUUCGACGGCUACGAAAUCCAUAAAGGAAGGUAAGGCGGAGAUAUGCCUUACAACUGAGAAGGUAUUUUAUAAUCCUGUACAAGAAUUUAACAGAGAUUUAAGUAUAGCAGUUUUGACAAUAUUUACAAAUGAAUACAAAGCUGAGCAACUUGCUAAAGCUGAGAAAAGGGGUAAAAAUAAGACACAGAACACAACUGAAGGAAUAGCAGAAACUCAAACUAAUAAUGAGGUGGACAUUUCAAUAUUAGAAGCAUUAUCGGCAACAGGCUUAAGGAGUAUUCGGUAUGCUAAAGAAGUGCCAAAUGUGACUAAAAUAGUUGCCAAUGACCUCUCCAAGCAGGCUGUGGAGACAAUACAGGCCAAUAUUGUUCAUAAUCAGGUUGAAAAUCUUAUUGAGACCAGCCAUGAUGAUGCAUGUAUGGUGAUGUACAAACAUAAGCAUCCUAUGAAACGUUUUGCAGCAAUAGACUUAGACCCCUAUGGUUGUCCGUCAGUGUUCUUGGACUCUGCAGUCCAAAGUGUUCAGGAUGGUGGACUCUUGUUAAUAACUGCUACGGACAUGGCAGUGUUGGCUGGGAAUGCUCCUGAAACUUGUUACUCCAAAUAUGGUGCUAUUAGUUUAAAAACAAAGUGCUGUCAUGAAGUGGCUCUGAGGAUAAUGCUGCAGUGCAUAGAAUCACAUGCAAACCGCUACAGUCGGUACAUAGUGCCGCUGCUCAGCAUAUCUGCUGACUUCUACAUCAGAGUGUUUGUCAAGGUCUACACUGGUGCUAUACAUUGUAAGAAAACUACAAGUAAGCUGUCAAUGGCGUACCAUUGUACUGGUUGCGAUAAUAUUACUCUGCAACCAUUGGGUGGUUUCAAACCCAAUCCCACGGAGAAGAACCCAACACAGACUAAGGCCUACUUGCCCGCAGCGCCACCUGUCGGCGAGUUCUGUACUAAUUGUAAUCAAAGACAUCAUCUUGGAGGCCCUCUCUGGUCUGCCCCAAUCCACGACGAAGCCUUCGUAACCCGAGUGUUGAACCAUGUGGAAAAUAACCCUGAACUUUUUGGUACUGCGAAGCGCAUAGCUGGUGUAUUGGCCAUGGUUAGGGAAGAGCUGCUGGACAUACCCCUCUACCAUUCUAUGGAUAGACUGUGCGGAAGGGUCCAUUUGGAAACCAUGCCUAUGUUGGUUAUGAGAUCAGCAUUACUAAACGCAGGGUACAAGGUGUCAUACUCCCACGCAUCCCGGAUGUCCAUAAAGACGCGUGCGCCGGCGCAUGUUGUAUGGGACAUUAUUCGCACUUGGGCCAAGACGCAUCCUGUCAAACCUGCUAAAUUGGAAGCGGAUCCAGUGGCUCGGUAUAUUCUUGCUCAAGAAAUCAAGACGCAAGUUGACCUGAACGAGCGAGCCGACGCCAAUCCCAUCAGCCGACGUGAUGGGAGACUGAGGUUCCAAUACAACCCUACUCCGCACUGGGGACCUGGCUCCAGAGCUGCUGUCAAUGUGGGAGAAGAGAAGAUGUCCAAAGCAAUCAGAAAUCAAAAUAAAUACAGUAAGGACAAGGAUAAGAAAAAUCUAAAGCGACCACAUUCACCAAGUGAUGAGGAAGAAAUCAAAAAUGUUGAUACCAGUAGUGAAACUGCUUUGUAAAG